UCCGGACCGCCGCGGCUCUCUGGAGUCUGGAGUCGGGACUGGAUCUGGAUUCAAGAGGAGCUGCUUCUGCGGGAAUAAACGCAUCAACCCCUCUCUGCUGGAAUACUACGGCCGCGCUGGAGUGAUUUGGUCGGGGUUCGGGGGUAGUUUGGGGUAGUUUGGGGUUGUUUCCCAGCUGAUCAGACGGAGGGAGGGGGGCAGAGCGGGGAGCUCGAUGCGGCUGACUGCAGACUCUGCGCCGGGAAACAUGAACAGCGGCGGGUCGGGCAACUUCCUGCUGGUGCCCAUCCCGGAGUACCCCCUCCUGGACUGCGUGCCCAACAAGACGGUCAAGAUCGUGGUGCUGGGGGCGAGCAACGUCGGGAAAACCGCUCUGAUUGUCAGGUUUCUGACCAAGAGGUUCAUUGGAGAUUAUGAAGCCAACACAGGAGCUCUCUACUCCAGGAAGGUCACGAUGGACGGGGAGGAGGUGUCGCUGCAGAUCCAGGACACCCCCUGCGUGGCUCUGCAGGACGACGCCGAGGGCCUGUACUGCCAGGAGCAGAUCAACAGGUCCAUCUACUGGGCCGACGGCUACGUGCUGGUCUUCUCCAUCACGGACCACAGCAGCUACCGGACCAUCCAGCCGCUGUACCAGCACGUCCGGCGCAUCCACCCGUCUGGAAACAUCCCCGUCAUCCUGGUCGGGAACAAGAGCGACCUGCUGAGAGCCCGGCAGGUCCCUGCCGACGAGGGAGAGACGCUGGCAGCCUCGCUGGGCGGCGUCUACUUCGAGGCCUCGGCCAGAGAGAACCACGAGGGAGUCCACGCCGCCUUCCUGCAUCUCUGUCAAGAGGUGAUCCGAGCUCUGGGAGGAGGCAACGGGGAGAAGCGGCGAGGAGGCCUCCACCUCGCCAGGCCCAAGUCUCCCAACAUGCAGGAGCUGAAGAGGAGGUUCAGGCAGGUCCUCUCCUCCAAGGUCAAGUCGGCCACGACGAUCUGACGGCUGGGAGCGGGCGAGAAACGACGGCACGUGGCU